UCUAAAUCUGUCUUUGAUGUAGCUUUAAAUGAUCCACUGUUUGUUGCGAUGAAUGAUUUUGAGAAACUACUUCCUAUCCUAAAAUGCACAUAGGGCAUCGUUUAUUUCUGGCGCCAGAUGGCGCUUGCACAUCCGUGAAAUGAUCAUGUUUACAUGCAAACGUCAUCAAUGACUGCUCCAUUUCAACGCCCACGGAGACUACUGUACAGCUGGUAGAGAAAUGACUGCGCCGUCGAUGGAAGGGGCCGAUGUCCAUAGGAUGGAGCAGAAAAAGUUGGAGUAUUUCUCAUCCAUCAACUCCAUGGCCAGGAAAAUAAUGCAAGAAAGGGAGAACAUCAAGGAGAGACAUGGAUCCGAUUGGGAGAAAAUGACACCGAAUGAACAAGACAGCGCAAUCGACAAUGGAAUGAUGGACCCCCAUAUUAGUGCUCGAUAUGCUAUGCAUAGGGUUGACCGAGAAGAAGUCAUUUGUUAUCCUAAGUUACUCAUUCAGACAGGACAGAAAAUAGUCCAUUUUGGUGACGAGGACAUAACUUGGCAAGAUGAGCACUCUUCCCCAUUCUCCUGGGAGACCAAGAGCCAGUUGGACUUCAACCUGACAACAGGUGAAUCGGUGCAGGGCAUCUCCUCUUCGACAGCUGAUUACAAGCCGAGUAAAGUCACCCAGUGCAGCCAGGUGGGCAAGAUGACCCAGAGCAGCAAGGUGUCCAAUGGCGAGAGCCUCGGCCUGGGCAGGAAAGAGGAGUCCUCCUCCUUCUGGAAGAUCAGUGCUGAAAGAUCCAGGCUGGAGGGUGAACAGGCAGACUUCCACUCCCUAACCCCCAGCCAAAUCAAGUCCCUGGAGAAGGGGGAGAAGCCACUGCCCUCUUAUCUCCGUCAGGAGCCCACCCCCAAGGAGACAGAGGAGACUCCACCACGAGUAACCAAGCAGCGAGCCACCAGGCCGCCUGCGCCUCCUCCUCCUGUACCCAUCAGUGUGCCCCCCCUAACAGCCAUAAGUGUGACCCCUAUGAGCGUGACCCCUACCCCUGCUCCUAUCAGUGUGUCAUCCACAGUGGCUGGCUGGGAGCGUGCUCAGAGCACCCUCCCCUCAGUCAGCAACACAGUGGAGGAAGUCUUCACUUCAGGGCUGGCCAACAAAUCCCCGGGGCUGCCCACCAAGUCCCCUGCCCGCUCAGGCAACACUGCCAGAGACCGAGAGGAAAAGGCUGCUGCUCAGACUGAGUCGCAACUGGCAACCAGUCCCACCUUCGCUCAGUUUAAUACCAGCAGUAACCUCCUGAAGACCGGAUUUGACUUUCUUGACAACUGGUAACAGCAGCUUCAAGCAACACAAUUUGAGUGACUGGAUCAACUCAACACUAGAAGGACCCUUGUGAUGACCAUUUUAUGGAAAGCCAACUAUUCAACUGACCAUGUCUAUUUAUCUUAAAAUGGCUUGUUAUGGCAUAUCUCACUACAUGCGUGCUUUUGUUUCCCCACUGCCAGAACCCCCACCUUUCAACUGUUUCUCUACCUUUAUUACUCAGACCUUGUAUUAGUGCUAAGCAUUACAGUAGUGUACACUAAUGAGAAGCACUCAAAUUGGUAUGUUUAGGUAAGCCAGCAUGUUAAGUGAUUUAUACCACUUGCAAUGUAGAUCUACAACCAUUUUACAAUACUAGAGAGUACUAUUUUACUGAAUUUUGUAUGUAAACUAUAUUCAUUGUAUCAUAAAAUGCUAUAUUGCACUCAUGCAUUUGAAAACACAGAUUCAAAGCAAAUAAAUUCAAUGGAACCAG